AAAUUUCAAAAAUCCAGUGGAAACCCGUUAAGUAAUUUUCCGGGAUACAAGGGGCCUUCCGCGAGAUGCAAGCUAUGCUGAAAAUCGGUUAAACGGCCAUUGAACUAAUAAUACUUCAGUGUAAACGGCAGGGAUUAUUAGUUUGGAGUGUAUAUUCUUGUUUGCCAAAUAACAACACUGCUAAGUAACUUAUAGACGGCCAUUAAUUAACUGUACCAAAUAAAAGGUUUCUAAUAAUGGACAACCUAAUUAUUUUAGAUUGGCACUGUUUAGGCUAAAUGUCACAAAUCCAUCGCUUGCCAAUACCGACAUCUUGGCGACACUCCAAGCACCAAGUCCUCAAUGUCUGGUAAAUCUCUCCCGGUGAAAGACUAGAUCAAAAAUAGCUAACUUUAAAAUCUCAUGUUGGCAGUGUUCACAUUCAUAAAUAAAAGUGAUGACGGCUGAGUAAAUUGCUGUUCAAGUGAUGUGAAUAAAAAAUUACGAAACGAUAGCGAAAAAAAAAACUAAAUUCUAAUACCUUUGUAAAAAUUACUUAGGUAAUAGAAAUGAGUACCAUGAAAAAGAGGACCAAUGUGAAACUAGCAAAACUUUUCUACAAAUAUGCAGAUGAAACGGGCUAUCAAGUCGAAGCAAAGGAUGAAAUCAAGCAGCCAGUCGGGGAUGAAGAACCACCCUACCCGCCAUAUAAUUUUUCUUGGUUGGUCGAUAAAAAAAUAGCGGGAAUGGGCUGUCCACAUAGUGUGGGCAACUUGAAUUAUUUGGCAGAUGUGGGCAUUAACCACCUGAUUACUCUGUCGCCUGAAAAGAUUCCACCCAUCUUGGAAUGCACUAGGAAAUUGAAAUGGACCGAGAUUCGAAUAAAAGAGUCAGCCGCACCAACCUUGAGACAGAUAAUAAAAUUCAUCGAAAUCUGUGAACGAGCGGAAAUUAAUGGAGAGAUUAUCGGUGUCCACUGCCGACACGGUCGCGGUCGCACUGGCACGAUGCUGGCGUGCUACCUCGUGAAGUUCAGGAACAUGGCACCCGAGCGAGCCGUGUUGACCGUUCGAGUACAGAGACCAGGAUCCUGCGAAACAUCCGAUCAAGAAAAGAUAGUCUGCCAUUACCAUGACUGCAUCAAAGGUACUAUCACCAAAACUGACUACCGCUUGGUUGAUGAUAAAUUGUACUUCGAUUUCUCAAUGAAACACAUGUACCCUGACGAAGAAAAACAGGCCAAAGAGGAAUCAGAUACCAUCGAACAGUUAAUAAAAAAAAAUUGAUCCUACCAAGUUAGAGGAAUUAAUUAGGAAAGAAGAAUUAAAUGAAAGGCGUCAGAGAUCGAAAGCGAUGGUCAUCCAUCAUAAGAUUUAUUUUUAAAUUAUAUUGAAUCAAUUUAUUUGACCAUCACUGUGUUUAUUUGAAAUUAUAAUAGAUGAUAAGAAUUCAUAUAAAAUGU